AUGGCGACACUGUCAGCGCGAUGUCAGGCCGACAGAAUCGGUAGGUCCAGAAAAGAGCUUCUUCGAUUUAUGAAACGAGUCGCGGGCUGCUGUCUUUUAAUUCAUAUAUUUUUGUCGUUAAGGGGGCAUGUGGUACAGACUGUUCAGUUCUAG